AUGCCAUCGCCCCAAGACCUCACCCUCCCGUCAGACUCCCUGAAGGACCCUAGAGACAUGACAACGGAUCUGGAAAAGGGCCCUGAGUUGACACGCCACCUGACAAACAGCGCAGUCUCCACCUUCUCCUGGUCAGACGUCGGCGUCGUCGUCAAGGAUAGGAAGACAAAGCAGCAUUUGCACAUUUUGACCUCCAGCCAUGGUUCGGUCAAAGCAGGGAGUGUCCUCGCUCUCAUGGGCCCCAGUGGAAGUGGCAAGACCACUCUUCUGAAUGUGCUUGCUCAUCGCACGUCUACGAUGAAGGGCGAGAUCCGGGGGAAGAUCAUGAUCAACGGGCAGCCCACCAACGCAGCCGCCGUCCAACAGGUGUCUACCUAUGUGGAACAAGAGGACGCCAUGAUUGGCAUCUUGACACUGCGAGAGACCAUCGACUUCGCCGCCAGACUCUCCAUGAACGGGCAGCUAUCCAAGAGAGACAGAGUUGCGCGGGUCAACGAGCUUAUCGAAUCAUUCGGUCUCCAGCGUCAGGCAGACACCAUUGUCGGCACACCCCUGCGCAAAGGUCUCAGUGGCGGCCAGAAGCGCAGACUGAGCGUCGCCAGCCAGCUCGUCACAUCCCCUCGCGUGGUCUUUCUGGACGAACCCACCAGCGGCCUCGACUCGGCGGCCAGUUUCGAGUGCAUGAAGUACAUCAGGCAAGUGGCCAAGCAGCACAAUUUGAUUGUCAUCGCGUCAAUCCACCAGCCGUCGACCACUACCUUUCAGCUGUUUGACCAGCUGAUGCUUCUGUCUGGAGGCCGCACAUGCUAUUUCGGCCCCGUGUCCAACAUCCAACCCUACUUUGAGCGCAUCAGCCGCCCGGUGCCGCUGCACAUCAACCCGGCCGAGUUCCUCCUCGACCUGGUCAACAGCGACUUCAACCACGGCGCGGGCGCGGAUGAGGGCAACCUCCGCUACAUCCAAGACGCAUGGACAAGCUCCGAGGAAUGCAAAGCCCUGGAGGCCACCACGAGCGGCACGGACGCUCUGGAAAAAGCCGGUAAGCCAGUGUCCACAGCACGGACAUCGUCCAAGAACGUCGCCGCCGUGUCCUGGGUCCUCUUGCAGCGGAACUUCAUCAAGUCGUACCGCGACUUCAUCGCCUACGGGACCCGCGUGGUUAUGUAUUUCGGGCUGGCCAUCAUGAUGGGCACCGUCUGGCUGCGCCUGUCGUACUCGCAGAGCUCGAUCCAGCCCUUCACCAACGCCAUCUUCUUCGGCGGCGCCUUCAUGUCCUUCAUGGCCGUGGCGUACGUGCCCUCCAUCAUCGAAGACCUCCACACGUUCAACAAGGAACGCCAGAACGGCCUGUACGGCCCGCUACCCUUUGUUAUUGCGAACACACUCAUCGGCGUCCCCUGGCUGUUCCUCAUCGCAAUCAUGUUCUCCGUGGUCACGUACUGGCUGGGCCACUUCAACCCGACCGCCGAGGGCUUCUGGAUGUGGGUGUUGUGGCUGUUCCUGGACCUCCUCGCCGCCGAAGGCCUGGUGGUUCUGGUGUCGUCUCUCUUCCCCAUCUUUGUCGUUGCACUGGCCAUCACGGCGUUUGCGAAUGGGCUGUGGAUGUGUGUGGACGGGUUCAUGGUGCCGAUGGGCAAGCUGAAUCCCUUUUGGAAGUACGUCUUCCACUACAUCGACUACCAAGCCUACGUCUUCCAAGGCAUGAUGGCGAACCAAUUCCGCUCUACCGUAUGGGACUGUGCGAGGAUAGUCCCUUCUCCGGACUCAUCCUCAGGCUCAGUCUCAAACACAAGUACCGAUUCGACCUUCCAGUGCAUGUACCCCUCGGACCUGUCGUCGAGCGGCAAGAUCCGCGGCACCGCCGUGCUCGAGGCGUACCGGUACUCGUGGUCGUCGGACGCCGUGGGGGAGUGGAUCGGCAUCAUGUUCGCCAUCAUCCUGGCGUAUCGCGUGCUGGGGUACCUGGUCCUGGUGGUCAAGAGGCACUAA